AUGAAGUCCCUUCACCGCAAUGGCGCGCUCCGGCGCGUCGUUUUGUUCCUCUCUAUUGUUUCAAGUUUGGUGUCCGCUCAGGACGAGUCCGACUGUCAACCAUACCGAUGGAAUUCCGGCGGGUUCAAAGUGUUGCAGGACGCGGCCGACCCGUUACCUACCCAGGGAAUCCCCAUCCCAGUCACCGUGGGCGAAAUCAACUGCCGAUACUGGUCGACCACGCCCGCCGAGGUCAACUACUACACAUGUUCACAGCUAGCACUGCGGUACAGCAUUUCCAACGACAUCUUCUUCCGGCUGAACCCAAGCCUCGCAAACGACUGCAGCGAUGUGCAGCCGGAAACGGAGUACUGCGUUAGGGGCUUUAUCGAGCCGGUCAGGGCCUUCGACGGCAAGUGUGGCCCUCCCAACAACAAUGCCACCUGCUUGGGCACCGACAAGCAGUGCUGUAACUCGGAGACAUGGACAUGCGGCAACUCGACGGCCGACUGCGCUCCUGGCACGUGCUACGAAGGCGCCUGCGACGGCGAUCUCAUCUACAGCACCGAUGGCACGUGCGGCCAGGACCACGGCCUCCGCUCGUGCGCCGGCCGAUGGGGCAACUGCUGCAGCAUUGGGGGUCGGUGCGGCACGGGACCUGAGUACUGCGGUCUGUUCACGUGCCAGGAAGGCGACUGCGACAUCUGGAAGGAGGACCAACAGCCCGAAGGCACCCCGUGGACCCCCGACGGUACCUGUGGCGGCGCCGAGGGCUACCGGUGCUCGCCCGACUGGGGCCGGUGCUGCAAUGUCAACGGCGUCUGCGGUGUGAACCCGGCCGACUGCUAUGUCGAGCGUGGAUGCCAGCCCGCCUUCGGAAUCUGCGCCUCCAACUCCAACUCCACUACCACCUCGUCGGCCACCUCUACCACCUCCUCUACCAAGACAACUUCAUCCUCCUCCACUAGCAAGACGACUUCAUCUUCCUCCAUCCCUGAGACGACUUCAACAUCCACGACUCCAUCAUCAAGCACUCCCGGAACCACCACUGCCCCUAGCACCGAAAUCCCAGGCGUAUCCAACCUACCUGCGUGUGGCCAGACCUGCUUCAACAACAUGCUCGCGCAAUAUUCGGCCCUGGGUUGUUCCAGCCCGCAGGACUCGUACUGCCUCUGCAACAACGCCGAUUUCGGCAACGGCAUCCGCGACUGUUCCAACGGCGCCUGCGGGGCCAGCGUUGGCAGCACCGUGAUCUCUUUCGGAAGUGCGUACUGCUCCACCGCGUUCGCCACGCACACGGCCACGACCACCGGUCUGGGUGCUCUGCCCUCCUGCGGACAGACCUGCUUCAACAACAUGGUGGCGCAGUACUCGGCGCUCGGCUGCCCCAGCCCUUCCGAUUCGUACUGCCUGUGUGGCAAGGCCGACUUCAGCAACGGGCUGCGCGACUGCUCCAACGGAGCGUGCGGCGCCGUGGUGGGCAGUAGUGCGAUCGCGUAUGGGAGCGCGUACUGCUCGGCGGCAUCGGCCACGCACACGACCACGGCCACGGGCGUGGCGGCUCUGCCCUCUUGCGGCCAGACCUGCUUCAACAACAUGGUGGCGCAGUACUCGGCGCUGGGGUGCGCCAGUCCCCAGCCCUCCUGUCUCUGCAAGAAUGUCAACUUUGGAUACGGUCUGAGGGAUUGCGCCAACGGUGCCUGCGGCACGGCGGUGGCCCCGACAGUGAUCUCUUAUGGAAGCUCGUACUGCGCGUCUGCAACAACAACAGCGACUCCGUCGUGA